GGAUGAUAGUUUCAAUUGUUUUUUGAUAUUUUUGAACAGCUUAAAAAACUUUCCUUUUUUGCCUCUGGUUGAAUUUUUCCAAUGUGGUGCAGUUUCCAGCCAAAUUAUGAUUAGGCUGGUAAUGUACCUACACAGACGGAUCGCAUUGCAACUUGGCAUACCUAAGCUAGAGUAUGCUGAUUAAUUAUUUCUUCAAAAAUAAUAAAUGGAUAAAGAAAAUGUCCAGGACAAUCAUUGUAAGACAUUCCAUUUUUAAUUUUUCUAGAUGUGGUGCAGUAUGUAUGUUUUUUCUUGGAUCAGGAUUGCACCACGAUUGCACUGCACUGCGUCCCCAGAUAGAAAAAAAAACUUUCAAAAACAAUUGGUUGAUGCUGCACCACUGCACCUCUCAACAUGUCAACCCAAGUUCAGGAGCACUCAGUUGACUGUUCGAACGCGGCCCGCGGCGUGUGGCUGGUCAAAGUACCUAAGUACAUCUCUGAGCGCUGGCAGUCGGCGCCCGGUAGCGUCGAGGUCGGCAGGCUCAAGAUCACCAAAUCGCCGGGCCAGAAGCCGAACGUGUCGUUCUCCCUGAGCGAGGCCGUUCUGGCGAUGGAGCGCGAGCCGAUCCCCAAGGAGCACCGCUUCGUCGUCAGCAACGUGGGUGGCCAGACGCUGGGCGUGUUCUCGCAGACGCAGCCGAGCGACCGGGAUGCCGUGGUGCCCGAGCGGGAGGCGCUUGCCAUCGAGGGCAAGGUGAUCCAGCGCGCCGAGUGCCGCCCGCUCGGCGACGCCAGCUACAUGCAGCUCAAGCGCGACAAGAUCAAGCGAGCCGCCCAGCCCGGCCGGCGUCUGAAGACCAUUGGCGACGUGGUGCACAUCAAACCGGUGGCGAACCACCAGCACAACAUCGACCACCAGAAGCGCAAGAAGGAGGUCGGCAAGAAGAUGCGUGACGACAAGGAGAAGGUGCUGGCCAUGCUGUUCGCCGCGUUCGAGAAGCACCAGUUUUACAACAUCAAGGACUUGGUGCGCAUCACGAUGCAGCCAGUGACAUACCUGAAGGAGGUUCUCAGCGAAGUGUGCAACUACAACAUGAAGAGUCCGCACCGGAACAUGUACGAACUGAAGCCGGAGUACCGUCACUACUCAGAGGAGAAGGAGGAGGAGGAGGGUGAUGAGUAGACGGCUCUUCCGGCAAUCCAAAAUGGAAAUUCGCAUGGACUCGGCGCACUAAUGGUCGCGAAAAUGGUGACGUAUACUUCGGUCUUGUACUAGAAUUAGUGACGCUACUGUAGAGGUUUUUAUGUUUCAGGGCAGCAGCCGUAAUCAUCGACGUGCGUCACGCAUGCAUAGCGCUGUAUUAUUUAAUGUACAAAUUACUUAUACUCUUCGCACGUGCGUAGCUGCCACUGCUUGAGUGGAUGACACCUUUUGUGUCCACCAAUCUCUCUAAGUACAAAUUUACUCGUAACAAAUAUGUUAUAAGUGUAAGCAUCAAGUACAACGUGCUUAUUUUAUCAUGUUAUGGUUAUGUUAAAAAGAAGCAGAUAUUGCUCGCUUCUUUGCUGUCUCAGAUGAACGUUUAUCACUGAUUCUUUGUACCUGCAUCAUACUCACCCCAUUCGCAUUUCAUUUUGUUGUUUCAUGUCGCUCUUAGUAGAUAAGCCGCUUUUAUACUUGCUGAUCUCUCGUGUACAAAUAUAUAGACCUCCGAUUUCGAA